AUGCCAGAAGCUCCUAAGAACUUGUGUGGUCAUGUCAUGGACGAUAAAAAUAAGAAGUCGUUGCAAUACAUCGAAGAUGUUACAAGUAAUGCCGAUGAAGUGCAAACACGAGUCCUUGCCGAAAUCCUCUCACGCAGUGCCAGCGUCGAGUACUUGCAAAGACACGGCCACAACGGCCACACCGAUAGAGAAACUUUCAAGAAGGUGAUGCCUAUCGUCAAAUAUGAGGAUCUGAAGCCUGAUAUUGACCGUAUCGCUAAUGGCGACACCUCUCCAAUUCUUUGCUCCGUACCCAUUUCUGAGUUCUUAACUAGUUCCGGGACAUCCCAGGGGGAGAGGAAACUCAUGCCAACCAUAGAAGAGGAGCUCGAUAGGAGAUCUUUGCUUUACAGCCUCUUAAUCCCUGUGAUGAACCAAUUCAUUCCCGGUUUGGACAAAGGUAAAGGAAUGUAUUUUUUGUUUACAAAAUCGGAGGCCAAGACCCCAAGUGGACUCGUUGCUCGUCCGGUUCUAUCCAGCUACUACAAGAGCUCUCAUUUUCGAAACCGUGUUGGUGAUCCUUACACUAACUACACCAGCCCAAACGAGACUAUUCUCUGCCCAGAUUCAUACCAAAGCAUGUACUCUCAGCUCCUUUGCGGGCUCUGUCAAAACAGGGAAGUUCUUCGCGUUGGGGCGGUUUUCGCAUCCGGGUUCAUUCGUGCUAUUAAGUUCCUUGAAAAGAAUUGGGUCUCUUUGGCUAACGAUAUUAGGACCGGAAAAUUAAACAGCUCCAAGAUCAACGACUCCUCGGUGAGAGAUUCCGUCAUGAAGAUUCUCAAACCGGAUAAGGAGCUCGCGAAUUUUGUUGAGGCUGAGUGUGGGAAAGAAACUAGGUUGUGGCCAAACACCAAGUAUAUUGAUGUUAUUGUGACUGGAACUAUGUCACAAUAUAUUCCUACCCUUGACUUUUAUAGCAAUGGCCUACCCAUUGUUUGCACCAUGUAUGCCUCCUCGGAGUGUUACUUUGGUAUCAAUCUGAAUCCUUUGUGUAAACCAAGUGAAGUCUCUUACACCCUUAUUCCCACUAUGGCCUAUUUUGAGUUCUUGCCCGUGCAUAGGAAAAAUGGACGUGUUAAUUCCAUUUCCGAUCCGGUAUCUCUUGGCAAAGACAAAAACCAUGAAUUGCUUGAUCUUGUUGACGUGAAAGUUGGAGAAGAAUACGAACUUGUUGUCACCACCUAUUCAGGGCUUUAUCGCUAUCGUGUCGGAGACAUACUAAGAGUAGCGAGCUUCAAGAACAAGGCGCCGCAAUUCAACUUCGUGUGCAGAAAGAACGUGGUUCUCAGCAUCGAUUCUGACAAAACCAAUGAAGUCGAGCUACAAAACGCGGUGAAGAAUGCAACCAACAAGCAUCUUCACGCUUUUGGUGCCACUCUCAUAGAAUACACAAGUUUUGCCGACACAUCAACCAUUCCGGGGCACUAUGUCCUCUAUUGGGAGAUCAUCGAAAACAGCACAACCACAAUAAUUCCUGCUUCGGUCUUUGAGGAGUGUUGCCUUACAGUCGAAGAAUCCCUCAACAGUGUAUACCGCCAAGGCCGAGUUUGUGACAAGUCCAUUGGCCCGUUGGAGAUCAAAAUAGUGGAGAACGGAACGUUUGACAAGCUCAUGGACUAUGCACUUGGCCAAGGUGCGUCCAUAAAUCAGUAUAAAGCGCCACGCUGCGUCAAACAAGCUUCGAUUCUGCAGCUUUUAAAUUCGAGAGUAGUUUCCAAUUACUUCAGUCCAAAAUGCCCCAAUUGGGCUCCUGGUCAUAAGCUAUGGUCAGCUUGUCAGAACUAA